UGAUGAGCGCGUAAGAUCAGAGCACACGAAUUGUCGAGGCUCCGCGUAAUUCGUUUCGGAAGUGUGAAUUCAGGCCACAACCAGAGAUGUUGGGUACGUUUGGAUCGUUAGCGACCCAUCUAAAGCUGAAAAGUCAGACGUAUCAGAUAGACAAUUGGAUCUUCAAACUCCACUACAGGAUAACGUUCGUCGUACUUUUAGCGUCCACCAUUUUGGUGUGUUCACGUCAAUACAUCGGUGAGCACAUCCACUGUAUAGCAGAUGGUGGGGUACCUGGUCAUGUAAUGAACACCUUUUGUUUCUUCACCACGACAUUUACCGUGAUAAAGGAUUUGGAUGCCCGUCUGCUGGAUACAGGCAACCUUCCCCAUCCUGGGGUCGGGCCUUACGGAAUUAAUUCCAAAGAAGACAUCCGCAGACAUGCCUACUACCAAUGGGUGCCAUUCGUGUUAUUUGGCCAAGCCAUAAUGUUCUACUUAACACAUAUGCUUUGGAAGAAAUUAGAAGGAGGGAGGCUUAAAUACUUGGUGGAAGGUCUUCAACUGGCUGCAUACGCUUUCGAAGAUAAAAAUAUACAAGUCCAAGGAAAAAGCAUUCCCACUAAAAAUGAAAAAAUGGAGAAAAUCAAAUCGGUAAGGGAGACGUUCCUCCAAAGAAUCUAUAUCCGCAGCUCUUGGUCAGCGGGUCUGAUACUUUGCGAAGCUUUGAACGUACUAAACGUUGUUCUUCAAUUUUACAUCACCAACAAAUUCCUUGGGGGUCAAUUCUCCACGCUGGGAUCGGAUAUUUGGAGGGAAGGACUGGAGUCGAGUGUGGAUCCGCUGGAAGAAGUUUUUCCAAAGGUGACGAAAUGCACGUUCUACAAAUACGGCCCAUCUGGCUCUAUACAGUUGCACGACGCAAUGUGCGUUAUGGCCUUAAAUAUAGUCAACGAGAAGAUUUACACUUUUCUCUGGUUCUGGUUCAUAAUCCUGUUUAUCUGCAGUUGUACGGUGCUGCUUUGGAGAUUGGUAACCGUGUACCUGCAUUCAAAGAGCAAGACUUUCAAUAAGAUGGUUUUUGCCAACACUUGUCCGGGAAAACUCAAUCCAUGGGACGUUCUAACCGUGUCAAGGCAUUGCAGCUAUACUGAUUGGAUCUUUCUGAAGUACUUGGCAAAGAAUGUGGACGGUAUGGUUUUUAGAGAGAUCAUGGUGGGGUUGGCAGAGGAGUUGGACAAGUCUGAAAAGGAGACCCUUCUACCUAGCGAGUCAAAGACUGAAAACGAGUACAAACUCGAGUAACAAGAGACAAGAUGACCAACAGAUUCAUCCUCUGGUACUUCUGUGAUAAUAUAAAAAGCACUCUUGAUGUUUUCCAUUUUCAAGACUAUUAGUAUUAGCAGAAAAUAGGUGUCGCCCAUGUGGUUAGUUAUAAAAGAAUGACGUUACGGGGAGAAACAGUUCAGCUUAAGUUAUAGGUUGACUUGGGAUAGUAAGGGCGGCGGCGAGUUAACUUUUUGAUAGCACUUGUGUUCCGAGGGCUAUCAAGCACUAUUAAAAUUAAUUUCUGCGUCGAGAGGAUGAUAAUUAAAGAAAACCUCUAGCUUCACAUUAUUGUCACCUUCUAGAAACGUAAUGUAGAUAUUAAUUAGUUGUUUACAACCGUCUCGGUUUGCUUUGUCUUCUUUAAAAUAGCGGUUAAUAUUUAUGACCGUUGUCAAAUUACCACUGACAAUAAAAGUAUUUCGCUUACGCUGAUUUGUUCCUUUGUAUGAACGUUUAGCAGUUUGCAGUUUAUUAAAACCUAUAUCCAGGUGCUUUCGUAAUGACCAUUUAUUUCCAUUAAAUAAUUUAUUUGAAAUUGAGCUGAGGAUCUUCAAACUCCUCUAUGUGGCACAACUCUAGAAAUUGUUUGUCAUGUAGUGUGUCUGUCAGUCAGUUUGAAGUGUAUUAAAUAUUCUCUAAAUAAUAUUGAAAAUACGUUUUAAGAUUUUUUUUAAUUCAACACGUCAAUGGACAAAACAGUUAUCAUACUACAAAGAAUAUUCUCGUUUAGCAAAUCUACGGAACUAAUUCUUUAUAAGACUAGACCACUUUUUUGAUAUGUGACGCUGACUUCGCAAUUCCAGCUAACUGCACCGCGCUCGGCAUGUUGUUAUCGCAGACGAAUUUGUUGCUUAUUUUAUGCAUAAUGAAACUGCUUAAUAUUUGCACGACAAAUGCGCCAUUGUUUAUAGAUCAAUUGUUGGAUAUUCUCCGAAAGUUCACCACAAUCGAUAUGAUAUAACGACCAUAUAUAAAGAAACCAUAUAUUAAAGUGCUUAAUUGCAAUCUAAUUGUCUAAUGACAUUGUCUAUCGAUCGAUAUUUGUUGGAUAUUCACCAAAGUUGACCAUAAUCGAUAUGAUGCAGUGUUUAAAAUGUUGUUUGUGCCCCGCUUAAGGCUGUACAUCGUUUCAAAAUUUUUGAGUACGGUUUGAUUUUGAUAAUUUUUUUGUCGCUCAAAAACGCACUAAAACCUUUCUUAUUACAUCAACCUGAAAUCGUGGCUAACCGGGACUAAUUUUUGAUGUCAACAACAAAAAAAUCAAAAUCAAACCGUUAUCAAAGAUUUUACAACGAUAUACGGCAUUAAGUGGAGCGCAAACGAUAUUUCAAACACUCUGUAUUGAAACAUUGGUAUAGUUGGAUUCUAAGUACUUCUCUUCUCUUUCUUUUGUUAAAUAGUGUCGAUUGGCCAUGACUUUAAGUUGAAGCAAUAAGCAAAACAAGGUUUUAGUGCAUAUUUAAUGUUUAACAUUUUACGCAAAAUGCUUUGUGGUUUAUUAUACAAGUGUUGUGAACCCAACAAUUCGAAAUCGUUCUGUCAGAAAGCCCAAACGAAUAGUGGGACCCUGAUUUCGGGAAACGAUGGAAACGAUACCAUAAAGAAAUGAUCGAUAUUCGAUACCGAUUGUCGCGAUUCUAAUAUUUGACUUUUAUAAAUAAAUAAGAAGUUGGUUCUACUUUUCUCUUUGUUCGAACCCUGAAUAAAUUCUUCAACACAGGUGACUACAAAAAAAAUCUAAUUUAAGUAAUUUUAAUAUUUUUUAAACAUUGUAUUUUAUACGAAACUGUUGUUCUACUCUGUUUGAAAUGAUUUAUUUUGCGUCAACGGACGAGAUAUGACGUUUUGUUUUUUGUUAGAAUAAUAUACACAUUUGUUAUAAUAACAAAUAAAAUCUAGAUUUCGAGUCUGGCUAAAUAACCAUGAUUAUGACUUGGGUUUCCAAACACUGCCUAUUGACUGAGCGAAAAGAAAUCAGAUAAUUUAUCUGGGUCAAUAAAUCAAUUAAAAUUGAUUAACGCUAGCGUAAAAUUCCUCAACCGAGCGGAAUAUCGAACCCGUACGCGUGGUGGAACUUUGAA